AUGAGCGGCUAUGGAGCAACGACGGCGACGACGGCGCCGGCCAAGGCAGCUCAGGUGAGCAGGAUCGAGCCAAAAGUCUACCUGGCAGCCGAACGAACGCUGCUCAACUGGCUACGGGUCGCACUCUUGAUUGGCUCAUUCUCGCUGGCUCUGUUCAACGCAAAGGCAGCCACAGAGGAUGGCAGAGCAGGCGAGACACUCGGCAAGAUCAUGGGCUUCAUCUACGCUCUCAUCAGCGUAGGCGUCAUCGGCUACUCCUACUUCAUGUUCGAACUCAGACGGAAGCGCAUUGGCCAACGCUAUGGCGGCCAUUUUGAUGAGCUCUAUGGGCCAAUGGUGAUCUGCGUCACCCUCUUUCUCGCCGUGCUCGCCAAUUUCAUCUUGCGCGUCGUCAACAGAGUCAACACGGUACCCACCCCCAAGCAUCCGUGGGCAGCCAGCUUCCUCUCAUCAUUCGUCACGCUCGAAAACCGACUGCCGGCCUACGCUGCCGCCCUGCAUGAGCGUACACGAGUAUCCCAAACGUGUGCAUGCUGCACAUGGCAGACACUGAUUAAUCUCGUCUAA